CAAAACUCAAACGAACCAUUAGUUCAUUUUGCUCAAAUAGAAAUAGAGGCCUGCCUCUAAUACCGGUCCUCCUUCCAAUAAAGGCCUGGAGCUUGAUGAGCUUGAGUUAAAUACAGGCCCGGGCCUGUAUUAGAGGAUUUACGGUAUUCUGCUGAUAAGGAUGGUUCAGUAGCGUUUAGCUGCAGCGGGACAGAGGAAGCUCUGUGACAGCGGGUGGGAGCUGUCACAUGGAGCGGCAGAGUAAAAAGUGAGACAGACUUGAUGGCAAAAGUUAUAGCGCAGUGAUCUGUGACAGAUUUUCACUUCUCUGUAGUUUAGCGGGGUUUUAAGUAUAAAGGAGGGUGAAAAGGAUGGAUGACCAGCAGACAGAUCAGCUACGGAGACCCGCAGCCAGAAUCUGACGCCAAAGCGAGGGUUUAAAGUCGGGUCAUGAGCUGACAUAAAAAUGAUGUGUUUUUAACUUUCCAGCUUUGUUAGCGGUCUGCUUGGAGACGUAUGCUUUCGGGAGGUGCGCUCAUGACGCAGCGUGUCCUGCUGGAGAAAGACGUUGUGCCGUCUGCUUCGCAGAAAUCUUGUGUCCUACAGUGUGACACCUCUCUGGAGUUCUCACAGAGUGACAGGAACAAUCCUGUAUGACGGCCAGAAUUGCUCAGUGUGAUCGAGCUUAAGGGAACAAACGGAGCUCUGAGGUUUCAUCGCUGCUGAAAAUAUGUCACUGAAGUCCUUAUGGUGGAGUUAGGUUCUCUUUGCCAUGCCUCCUGCUAUGACAGACCUCCUGGACAUAUGGGCGUCCCACUCGCCCCUGGCCGGACAUGCCCUGGAGAAGAUCACCGUGGACUUCCUGCUGCCCACUGGGAUCUACAUCCAGAUGGAUGUUCCCCGGGACGCCACAAUCCAACACAUCAAACUACUCUUAUGGAAGCAGGCUCAGAACUUCCCACUCUUCCCCUCCCUCGGUGAAAUGGAGAGCCACAUGUUCGAGUGUGUCAACCAAGCAGCUGUACAUGAGGAGCUGGAGGAUGAAACCCGCCGCCUGUGCGAUGUUCGACCUUUUCUUCCAGUCCUCAAGCUUGUGACCCGCAACUGUGGACGAGCUGAGCGUCUGCUGGACUCCAAAAUCGGCGUGCUCAUCGGCAAGGGUGAGGCUGCACCCCAGUGUUUUCUUAUUUAUUUAUUUUUUUAUUUAACCUUUAUUUACCCAGGAAAAAAAGUCCCAUUGAGAUUUAAAACCUCUUUUUCAAGGGAGUCCUGCAGCAAACAUCACACAAAUAUACAAGACACAAUUUACAAUUUAAACUUGCAUGAAAACAAUCUAAAAUAAAAUUUCUAAGAACAAACUUAAGUAAAAUAUUUAAAACUUUAAACAAGCCCAAAAAUAAAAUCAGUCUAAAUAAAACAGUUGCAUGUUAUUGAGUUAGUCUCAAGAUUUCUUAGUUUAGAUUUAAAAACAUUCAAUGAAAUGAACUCUGUCAUCUUCCAUUUUUCCUGCAACUCAUUCCAAGCUGACGGCGCUGAAUGGGCAACAGCUCUCUUUCCAAGUUCAGUACGUACAAACGGGACAGAAAGCAGCAAAGUGUCUUGUAGACGAGGAGAAUAACCACCUGCAAUUUUCAUUUUAAGUAGGGAAGUUAAGCAGGAAGGUAGCAGACCAAUAU